AUGCCCUUUCAAAUCAAAGACAAGACCGAGCGCUUCAAGCUCCCAGCGCUCCCAGAGGUUUCCAACGUCUUCUUCACCGACCUGCUAGGCACCGAAGACAAAAGCACCCGCGACCCCAUCGUGGGCGCCUGGUUCCGCAUGGAGAAGGGGCCCGAAGCUACACCCCCAACAUAUGAGUAUGAUGAGUUUGGUGUUGUUGUUGAAGGGGAGUUCAAUUUUCGCGACGAAGCUGGUAACGCGGCGACUGUCAAGGCUGGCGAUGUUUUUUUCUUCCCUAGGGGGAGCACGGUUACCUUCUCGUCUGAUAGCUAUGGGGAGGCGGUGAAGUGCCGGACACAGGCGUUGGCGAAGCUGUAG